AUGCCCCUGUCUCAGUCAACUACUUUUCCUCGCGCGAGUGCAACUACUCGUGCGGCUUCUGCUUUCCACACGGCAACCUCAUCGUACAUUCUGCCGUGGGACCAAGUCAAGCAGGGGCUAAAACUGCUCGCAGAAGCCGGGAUGCGCAAGCUAAACAUGGCAGGCGGCGAACCGUUUCUACAUGCGCAGCUGCUCUCCUGCGUGCUGCGCUACUGCAAAACAGAGCUCCGACUCGAAAGCACCAGCAUCGUCAGCAACGGCAGCAAGAUGCGGGAGUCGUGGAUGAGGGGAAAUGCGCGGUGCCGCAAAUACAACGUCAAGUUCAAGCUCAACACGGUAGUCAACGCGUACAACUGGGACGAAGACAUGGCGGCGCAAGUAGCAGCGUUGGCGGCGUUCCGGUGGAAAGUAUUCCAGUGCCUGAUUGAUAAGGGCUCGUGUGGGAUGAGGAAGAGCGGGUCGAUUCUGCAUGUCGGUGUCCGCGAGGCUAUGAAGCAGGCUGUGUGGGAUACAAAGUCUUUUGUGCAGCGUGGCGGCAUUUACAAGUGGGGGAGAGCACAUGUGAAGUUCUAG